AUGAAGUUUCUCGUCGAGAUUCUGAGUGGCUCAUCGUUAGAGAUUGAAGUGAAUCUCAGAGAUACACUGUUAGAGGUCAAGAAGAAGAUCGAGAAGUCUCAUCGUAUCCCAAUUUCGAAACAAACCCUAAUCGUCGACGGCAUUGUUAUUCUCCGAGAGGAUCUUACCGUCGAACAAUGCCGGAUCUUCCGCGAUUCUUGUCUUCAACUCGACGUCUCUACUGAAGAUAACCCUAAUCACAACAACGAAGAUCUAGUGCCCCAAACCGAGCAACCUCCAGAACCGUGGAUAUCAGUUGAAGAGUACUUUGAGAGGCAAGGUUGGCCUUUGACAGCUGAAGAGAUCAAAAAGAUAUAUAGUUAUCGGCCUGAUGAGUCAACCCAACAGAGCAGCACCAUUCAAGAUUUGUCAGAGUCGGUUGGGAGCAGCAACGGUUAUGAAGUUCUUCAUCAAACAGAGCAAUCUCCAUCGUCAAACUCAGUUAAGGAGACCGUUAACAUUCAAGAUUUGUCUAUGAAGGUUGGGAGCAACAACAAUGUCUCAAAUAUGAUGAAGGUUAGUACAAAGAAUCGCAAUAAAAAUGUUCAAAUGCGUCAAAGGAAGCCAUCUCCACAGCUAAACUCAGCCAAAGAGACCACUGCUAAGAUUCAAGAUUCGCCUGUGAAGGUUAAGAGCAACAAUAUUAUUACAGAACUGAAAGUACUUGUGUCACCUAUGAAUAUUCUGGUGGAUGUGAACUCUACGGAUGUAGUGAGAAAAGUGAGAGAGGAGAUGGUUCGGAGUCAACAGAGAGGUGAUAUAAAGAAACUGCCUCAAGAUGGGUAUAUCCUUAUCCACAAAAAGAAAAUACUCAUCGAGGAUCAGUCAUUUGAGUGGAACGGUGUAGAAAACGGGGAUACAGUUGUAGUGGUUCCCAGACGUUUCUUUAAAGAGACCAGUAAGGUUCAAGGUUAA